AGUAAAGAAGCGGUAAAAUGCCGACUGUGACCGCGGCGACAGCGGUGACCCAGUGAGGUGAAAGUAGCGGCAGGUGGCGGCUGGUCAUUUACCUUCUGGGCUCGGGCUGGAGUUGGAUAUUUAGAGUUAUUUGGAGUCAACACUUUGAUUCCACCCAUGGGUUUGUCAACAUCUACUCCCAGUGUUGCAGUUCAGAACGCAAAUGCUUCAGAUCAUCAGACAGCAUCACCGCCUUCAGAAUGCCCAAUGCAUGCAAGGAAAAUUCAAGGCUGUCCAUUAAGUGAGAAACUAUUUGGUCCACGUAGUGAUAGCAAAACUUACUCCGUGCCUGCCCACCAAGAUCGAGCAUACGAGUAUGUGGAGUGCCCCAUUACUGGUGCCAGAGUGAAUAAGGAGAACCUGGAUCCUUCAAAUCUGAUGCCACCACCUAAUCAAACACCAGCCCCAGAUCAGCCAUUUCCUUUGUCUACAGUUAGAGAAGAAUCAUCCACUCCAAAAGCAGAUUCUAAGAAAAAAUGGGUUUAUCCUUCAGAACAGAUGUUCUGGAAUGCAAUGUUAAGGAAAGGGUGGAAGUGGAAGGAUGAGGAUAUUAGCCAGAAAGAUAUGUGUAAUAUCAUUAAGAUUCACAAUCAGAAUAAUGAGCAGGCCUGGAAGGAGAUUUUGAAAUGGGAAGCCCUUCAUGCUUCGGAGUGUCCUUGUGGUCCAUCAUUGAUUCGAUUCGGAGGGAAGGCAAAACAGUAUUCACCAAGGGCAAGAAUUCGUUCCUGGAUGGGGUAUGAGUUGCCUUUCGACAGGCAUGAUUGGAUCAUCAACCGCUGCGGGACAGAAGUUAGAUAUGUGAUCGACUACUAUGAUGGUGGCGAAGUGAACAAGGACUACCAGUUCACCGUCCUAGACGUGCGUCCCGCCUUGGAUUCGCUUUCCGCUGUAUGGGAUAGAAUGAAGGUGGCUUGGUGGCGUUGGACUUCAUAACUACUGUUUUGUUUGUAAUGGAAAAAGAUAAAGUAUUGUUUUUCUGAAAGGUACAUUAAAGUAUUUCCCC